ACUGCGCUGAUUCAAGCCGUCUGAAGCUGUGUGCUGGUGUAAUGUGAGGGAGAGCUGGAUCUGUGAUGCAUUUAAAUGUAUGGUUCAGAUGGCCAUUCAUGUAGAGGGUCUGCUGGCCAUCGUCAUCUUCUACCUGCUGAUCUUAAUGGUGGGCAUCUGGGCGGCCUGGAAGAACAAGCACGCGGGCAUCUCUGAGGGCACGGACCGCAGCGAGUCCAUCAUGGUGGGCGGACGGGACAUCGGCUUAUUCGUGGGAGGAUUCACUAUGACCGCUACAUGGGUUGGCGGUGGUUAUAUCAACGGGACAGCGGAGUCUGUGUAUGUACCUGGCUGCGGGCUGGCGUGGGCUCAGGCGCCCUUCGGGUACGCGCUCAGUCUAGUUGUAGGAGGGCUGUUCUUCGCCAAACCCAUGCGCUCUCGAGGGUACGUGACGAUGCUUGACCCCUUUCAGCAGCUGUACGGCCAGCGCAUGGGCGGCCUGCUGUUCAUCCCUGCGCUGCUGGGGGAGAUCUUCUGGUCGGCCGCCAUACUGUCUGCCCUGGGAGCCACUCUGAGCGUGAUCGUGGACAUGGACAUCAACAUGUCGGUAAUGGUCUCGGCUCUGAUCGCCGUCUUCUACACGCUGGUUGGCGGCCUGUACUCGGUGGCCUACACUGACGUGGUGCAGCUCUUCUGCAUCUUCCUGGGGUUGUGGAUAAGCGUGCCGUUUGCACUGUCCAAUCCUGCUGUGUCAGACAUCGCGGUGACCGCAGUGAAGGCAGUGUUUCAGGAUCCGUGGCUCGGGGAGAUCCAUCCAUCAGACGGCUGGAUGUGGGCUGAUAACUUCUGCCUACUUAUGCUGGGUGGGAUCCCAUGGCAGGUGUAUUUCCAGCGUGUUCUCUCAGCAUCUUCAGCUACUUAUGCUCAAGUGCUGUCGUUUCUGGCUGCGUUCGGCUGUCUGGUCAUGGCCGUCCCCUCAGUGCUGAUCGGAGCUAUCGGAGCCUCAACAGACUGGAAUCAGACGUCGUACGGUCCGGUUGCUCCAGUGGACAAAGACGAGUCUGACAUGAUUCUGCCCAUCGUCCUGCAGCAUCUCUGCCCUUCAUUCGUGUCCUUCUUCGGUUUGGGUGCCGUCUCCGCCGCCGUCAUGUCAUCCGCAGACUCUUCUAUCCUCUCAGCCAGCUCCAUGUUUGCACGAAAUAUUUACCAGCUGGCUUUUCGGCAGUCAGCGUCAGACCGAGAGAUCGUGUGGGUCAUGCGGAUCACCAUCUUUGUGUUUGGGGCUGUAUCGACGGCCAUGGCCCUGCUGACGGGCUCGGUGUACGGCCUGUGGUACCUGAGCUCAGACCUGGUGUACGUCAUCAUCUUCCCUCAGCUGCUCAGUGUGCUGUUCAUCAAGGGCACUAACACCUACGGCUCGGUGGCCGGUUACGUCUUCGGCCUGCUGCUGCGGAUCGGUGGGGGUGAGCCGUACCUUCGGCUGCCCCCCUUCAUCUACUAUCCAGGCUGGCAGAUGCGGGAGAAACAGCACCGCCUGACACAGGAGGUGGAGCGAUUCGUGGAGCAGCGAUUCCCAUAUAAGACGGUCUCCAUGCUGGCUUCACUCCUCAGCAACGCUGCCUUCUCUUAUCUGGCUAAAUACCUGUUUGAAAGCGGGACUCUUUCGCCCAAGUACGACUUUCUGGACGCAGUGGUUUCUAAACACAGCAAAGAAACGAUGGACAAGACGACGCUGGUCGCCCAUGACACAAUCAUUCUGUCGGAGCUGUCCGCGGUGAAGCCCAGACACAUGACCUCUCUGGCAGGAACAUUCAUGAAUGCAGACGUCUUGAAAGACGAGGGCAGCGUGAGUCCAGAUCAUGAGCACGAGUAGAGGAGUGAAGGGAAAGAGGAAGAUCCUGAAGACCAGAACCAUCGGCUGCCGCUGGGAGGACCACCACAGCAGCUGCAGAGGGAAACUGUGCAAUAUUAUAGAGAGGAAACAUGUAGGAUGUGUAUUAUUAUGUGACCUGUCGAUGGUAUGAAUGAAACAAGCUUUUGUUUUUGCAGUUUUUCUGCUUAAUAGUUUCAGAGCUGUAAGAGUCUCAGUUCUGAAGGUUGCGUAACUCAUCUGUUGUUUGAAGUAAUAGUUUGUCUAUGAAUGAGCAUGCUGUCCUCACUCACCCUCAUCUCUUGUGUCUGUGUACAGUAUCAUCAGGCAGAUGGUGUAAUAUUAAUCAAACUUUUUAAAAAGUAAAGUUCUGGGUGAGUUUGUUUUGGCUCUAAAACACCUUUGAUUAACCAUUGGUCAAUGGCCAUUAUGUAAUCAGUGGGUGUGCUCUAGAGCUCCGCCUUCUUUGACAUGCAAUUUACCCUCAGUGAGAAGAAAAGAGCCAAUGACAAAUGACGAGCUGAAUCUGCAUAUGAGGCCACUCCCCUACAUAUGGGUAUUUCAGCGGCCGUAUUUUCAGUCACUACUCUGAUUAUCACUGAAGAGCCAAGCCACGGCUAGCAUUCAAGGUUUAAAGUUGUAGUUGAAGAGGAGUCUCUGUUCUCUCCUUUAGGUAAUGAAGGUUUCAUACGUAGCUGAGACCUUCCCUUUCAGUCCAUCGCUGUGUGUUAUGUUCUGACUAGGGGUCUUUUGGACUACCACUGGUGGUGGAAUCUUAUCACACUUGGCUGCUCCUGAGUAACUAGGUGAAGUCAGCAUUGGUGUCCAUGGAUAGGCCAAGCCGGGACAUAGGAGCUUUGAGAAAGCAGAUCUUGAGGAUGUCUCGCAUACCUCCGCUCAAUUCAAUUCAAGAUUAAUUUUCUGUUGCACAGCAGCUUGUAAACGGUGCAUGUUAUUACAUUACAUUAGUGAAUGUGUUGUGUAUAGAGUGGACAGUAUAUAUAUAUAUAUAUAUACACAUAGCUAACCUGUAGAAUAUAGAGUGUCCUAUUCAAACAGGUGAUACCUGCUUUAGCCAGAGUUUGUGUUCUUGGCCCACAAGAGUGGCCAUCGUAAUACCCAGGGGCCAAGAGCAUAGUCGUAGCCAAAGGUGGAGCAUUAAGCCUAUGGAGGAUCUGUCCUGGUGCAGGACUGUGGUUGAUUAGCCUGGUGGAGGCCAUAGCAUGCAGGGUGGAGGCGAGAUCAGCUUUGAGGAGUGGUGAACUGAUAACACUGCACAUGCCUGAUUCAGCUGAUAGUGAACCCAACACACACUCUACAUGACAGCAGUGCAGUACUGUCUAUCUGGCGAAACACAAGUUCAGUUCAGUUCAGAAAAAUGAGCCGGUUCAUUGAAACGAACUGUCUGAAAUAUAGAGUUCACGAAAAAGAUCCGAACUUCCCAUCCAGGAGGAUUCAGGACAAACACACAGCGCCAACUACCGGCUGACAGCAGCAAUGCAGCACUUUCACUGACCCGCAAGAAUGGGGAGCACGGUGGCGUCUUCACACUCUUUUCACACACACAUUGCAAACACUACUGCAUGUGGCACACUUUUGGAGCACGGCUAAAUCUGUCCAUAUUCACAUUCACUGCCUAGAUAGAGCUGUGUGUUUGAUGCAGGACAGACUCACAUGAGGGUGGGUGAAUAUUCCAGCAGUGGUGUCCAAAUGGAGGUUUUUGUUGUCUUUGGUCAGUUGUGUUCUUGUUUUGAUCAGUCAUUUUAAAGAUGUUUGACUGAACAAAUAAAGCAGAGCAUCCUGACUGACAAUAAUCAGAGCAGAUCAGGCAGAUUUAACUGAGAGACUCCAAUAUGCAGACAGAAGCCGACAGUCUUAGACACUUAUAAAGAGUCAAAACUCUGGUUAUAUCUGAAUAUAUACACUAAAACCCUCUAAUGCACCUCUAGUCUUUUAUUAAUUUACAGUUUGGACUUGCUGUAGCAGCUCUGACAGGUUAAAGCUGCUCGUGAUGUUUGCCGUCUACAGUUUGUCUUUAAUGAGGGCAGUUCAUUAGGGAGAGAGAGAGACUGCAUGUGUUUAGUGUCUCUCUAUUAACAGAGAUACUGUGAGUUGAAUAUGACCAUAAGAACAGCAACACUUCCACCUCAUUACUGCUGAAGAGUAAUACUGAUUAAGUCAUGACGGUGGUGUGUGUUAACACGUUAUAUAUUCAUCAUAACACUGACCAGUGCAGUUAUUCAUGUUCAGUAAUCUGAUCGUGAGUCUCGUCUUCUGCAUGACUCAAGCUGAUUGGUCGUCUCUCAUUAAUCUGUCAGCCAAUCAGCUUGAUUUAAACCAACUGACUGCUUUCCCAUGAAGUUAUCAGAGUGACCCUGAACUGGAACACACUGACUAACCCAGUCCAGACACUCACAGACACACACGUGACACGCGUCUCUGAUGUGUCCACAGUCAGUAAACGGUCUUCAACAGCUAUCUGUUCUCUCUCUAUGUGCUUAAAGUCAGCAUAACCUGCACUGCCAGGCUGUGUGUGUUUCACCUGUUUCUGAUCAUGUGUGUGUGUGUGUGUGUGUGUGUGUGUGUGUGUGUGUGCAUGUGUGUGUGGAAUAGCACAUGUGUGAAAUACAGACUGAUCUGUUUGUAUGUAUAUUUUAGCUGGAUGUACGUCUGUUGUAUUUGUAUAUUCAGAUAUAUUUUUGUGUGAGUUUAAUGUUGUCCAGCAGUUAUGAAGGAAAUAUUUACUGAUUAAAAAUGUGAUGAAUAUGUGA